AUGGUGCGGGCGGCGAUCGAGUCGCAUACAGUGGCGCUCUACGCACUAGCGGUGAUCCAGUUCAACGGCAGCGAGGGCUCGAUGCAUGACAAGGACCUCCAUGCAGGCAUUUCCAUGUGCACUCAUGGGGCGAUGCUCCGCCAUUCGCGAGCUCGGCCACUGCGUCAAGGACGGCUAUGGCGUGCCCAAGAACGUGGUCGAGGGGCGGCGCCUCCUGGUCCAGGCCAACGUGCGGGAGCUCGCGCCGCCUUCGGCCAUACCACCAAGGCGGCGUGGCAGGCCCACCGCCACCUCCACGGCAUCUCACGAGGGGGAGGCUGUUGCUCCAUGCUCAACAAAUAUGGCUGCAACGUGCUGGCCCCAGAGGCCCACCCGACGAACCCGUUCAUGGUGGAGUGGUUCGCUAUGAGGGGCGGCCCCUCCAGAGAUGGGUUGAGGAUGUGCUCCUACGGCAGCUGCGGACGGUCAGAGACGUGGCGGCACGAGUUCCGGUGGUGCUCGGUUUGCGGCAUAGAAACUAGCAGUGGCAUUCGAUGCUGA